GUUACCGACAAUCUAUUCUCGCAAGGAACUAUUCCUCAGGAUCUUGUUGCUGUCUCGUUCGAGCCCACCACGUCAGACUCCAUUACCAACGGUGAGCUGACGUUCGGAGGCACCGAUUCAAGCAGGUUCACUGGCUCCAUCAGCUUCGCCCCUCUCACUACCACAUCACCUGCAUCGGCUUUCUGGGGUAUUGAUGAGAGCAUCACCUAUGGCACGUCGAAGACUAGCAUCCUCACCGAGACCGCCGGUAUCGUCGAUACCGGAACCACGCUGCUUUUAAUUGCCUCAGACGCCUUGACUCGCUACCAGAGCGCCACGGGUUCUGUGGAGGACGAGACUACUGGCCUUCUCCGCGUCACCACAGCCCAAUUUACAAACCUGCAGAGCCUGUUCUUCAACAUUAACGGCGUGACGUAUGAGUUUACCGCGAACGCCCAAGCAUGGCCGAGGGCGCUGAACACAGCGAUUGGCGGGAACACCGACAGCAUUUACCUCAUUGUCGGUAGCAUUGGCACACCAACCGGCGAGGGCCUCGACUUCAUCAAUGGUCAGGCCUGGCUGGAGCGGUUCUACGCUGUCUUCGAUACUACGAACAGGCAGGUGGGAUUCGCUACGACUUCCUUCACCGAUGCGACGACGAACUGA